UAUUGUGUCACUGAUAGGAUUUGCAUCUCUGUGGCGUCAGUGUGACGGAGCACCGAGAGGUUUCCCAGCUCACCAGCUCUGGUCACUGCUAGUCUUCUGCUUUGUCUCUGCUGUGGCCAAACUAAAUAACCUGUAACUGACCGUAGCAUGUGUAGCAUAUGUAAUAGUUAUUAGAACAUGCACAGGGAAGAAGUGGUAAACUGAAAGCUGGAGAAUGAAAGUUGAAUCUGAGCGGGCGUUGAAAGCUCUCAUGCACACACGGGUUAGUGCAUAUGUCAGCUCCUCGGGUUACGUGUCCCCUCAGUUUCUCAACGUAAGUGUUGUGUUUCACUUCUGAUAUCCCUUUUGAAUGAAAACAUUGUUACACAGACAGUGGACACUCCAAAACAACUUUUUACUGCAUUGCAUUCAUUAAUGGUUCCAAAUCAAUUUCCAUGAGUGACAAAAUGAGAAGGUUUGUAUGUUUAAAAAAAAAAAGAAGAAGAAUGUGUAUUGUUUCUGCACAAUCAAAUGUGUGUUCACACUCACCCCCUGCAUCACUGACGUGAAUUAUCUGUGUCUGUGUGUGCACAGUCUUCUUCUCCAAGAGCCCAGCACAAGGCGCUCCAAGAUGCCGGACACAAUCAUGUCCAAGGAACCCACUUCCAACCUGGAGAGUGCCAUGCAGAUGCUGAUAAAAACCUUCCACAAGUACUCAGGGAAGGAGGGAGACAAGUACACCCUGAGCAGGGGUGAGCUGAAGGAGCUGCUGGUGGAAGAGCUGGGGAGUUACCUGGGGAGCUCUAAAGAUAAUGAAGCAGUUGAGAAAGUGAUGAAUGACCUGGACGCCAACAAUGACGGGGAGGUGGACUUCACCGAGUUCAUUAUUCUGAUGGGAGCCCUCACAGUCGCCUGCAACGACUUCUUCCUGGAGUUCAAAACAGAUGACACGGCAAAAGAGGGAAGCGGAUCAGCAGAGAAGAAAGAGUGAAUCCCUGCAAGAGAAGAAGGGGAAAAAUGAGAGGGUGAGAGGAGAAGAAGAAGAAAGAGGAAGAAGAGGAGGGGAAAGGACUGUGACUCAGACGGCUUUUUGUCUCAUCCAAUUUCCAAACACUGCAAACAAACGUCAGGGAAGAUGUGCAGCACUGUGGGGUUCACAAAGCAUGAGGAAUUCAGGAGAACUGUUUUUCCUUUUGCAGCUGUUUUUCAUACCACAACUAAUCCGGAUCAAAUUCCACCGUUCUCAACGCAACGUGUGACUUUAAACACACAACAGGGUAUAUUUCGACAUCUUUCAACUGAAGUUCAGCAGUUUUGACAGUUUGUUAGAUUUGAGCAGGCACUGAUUUUGAAGGAGUCUUGCACAUAUUAUUGCACAUGAAUAAUUUGUGAACAUAUAUGAAGUUGUUGAUCAUCAUUAUUGCUGUUUUAGUCUUGAAAAAUAGGAAUUCUUCCGCCUAUUUUGUAACCAUUUUUUGAAAUAACCAAUGCUUUAAAAACAUUAAACAUGGCAUUUAAC